AUGAAUCACACUUUAAAUGACACCGACUAUGACCAGUUCUAUGACGAUGAAGUCUGUGAAAAGGGGGAAGUGGUCAAGUUUGGAUCCAUCGCCAUCCCUGUAUUCUUCUCCGUUGUGAUCGCACUGAGCCUCACGGGAAACCUCCUCGUCCUUGUAAUCCUUGCUUUGUACGAAAACCUCAAGUCUCUCACCAACAUUUUCAUCCUGAACCUGGCCAUCUCUGACCUCGUCUUCACCACCGGUCUGCCCUUCUGGGCAAUUUACCACAUCUGGGGAUGGCUGUUUUCCGAGGCCCUUUGCAAAGUAGUGACUUUUGUCUUCUUCACUGGGUUUUACAGCAGCAUCCUCUUCCUGACCAUCAUGACCAUCUACAGGUAUCUGGUAGUGGUCCACCCACUGUCCAGCCUGAGACUCAGCACGGGGGUGUAUGUGUCUUUCCUCCUGUGGAUAAUCAGCAUUGGAGCUGCCAUUCCCUCCCUGCUCUACAGCUCCCUUGUCUCGAUCCCUCACAACGGUGAACACUCCCUGGGCUGCGAGUACAAAUCCCCCCUGUGGAAAAGCAUCGGUGUCUUCCAACAGAACAUUUUCUUCCUGGUCACGUUUGCAGUGAUGACUUUCUGCCACGUUCAAUUACUGUGGAAAAUCACACGAACGAGAUCGCACACAAAGAACAGAGCCGUGAAGUUAGUCUUCUGCAUCGUGGCGGUGUUCUUCCUCGGCUGGGUGCCGUACAACGUGGUCAUCUUUCUGAGGGUUUUGGCUGACAAAGUGGUACCGCCAUUCCAUAACUGUGACACAAGUAUCAAUCUGGACUACGCGUUCUGCGUGUGCCGGCUCAUUGCUUUCUCCCACUGCUGCUUGAACCCUGUCUUUUACGCGCUUGUCGGGGUGAAGUUCAGGAGUCACUUGAAGUCGUUGCUGCUCCGAUUGUUCAUUCGAAGGCCGGCUGACGAGCAGCAGGUCAGAAUGCAGAACAUCUCACGUGCAUCGAUGCUCUAGUCUAGUUGCUGAUGAAGUAUGCCAUUUGCUGAAGUCCAGUGUGUACUUCAUCAAAUCCAUUGUAUCGAAAUAUAGGAAUACAGGGUUCAUACUUUUUAGUUUGUAGCAAUCUACACUCAUUAUUAAAUUUGGACUUUAUCUAUUUAUCCUGUCCGUGUCAAACCUCAUAUUAUAUAGUUUGUAUGGGACAGUUAAUCUUUAAUUGUUACAUACAUUCACGUACUGGCACUUUAAAGAGAGUCACACUUUUUAUAGACGUAAAAAUAUAAUGAAUUAGUUACAGUGGAUCCAUAAUAGUAUACAGUAUAUGUUCAUUUAAAACUAUGCCUACUCUCUCUUUUGUGAGGAUGUUUUCAAUUAUCACUUUAAUUAAGAUUUAUUCUGCGAAUUUAAUACAAUGUGUCAUUAACAGUCUGUUGCAAAUGUCAGUACAUUUAGUCCAGUAAUGGUACCACCCAAUAAAAAUCAAUGUAAACAUAUUUGACAUUUUGAGUCCCUCUGUGCAAUAAAAAACACAAUGGCUUUUUUCAACUGACCAGAUUUUUUAUUAUAAGUCUCUACCAAGUGGUUGAGAUGUCCAUUGAUGGUAAAAGUGCAUCUCUACGGAAUCUAAUGUCCACUUCGUGUGUUAGGGUGAAUGUUGAUAUGUAGUGUAAAGCGUAUAUACUGUACAUAUUUAU